AGCGAUGGACACUGACGUGGAGGAUUUGGAAAUUAUCAUAGAUAUUGAGAAAACUGAGAAGAAGCUGUCAGAUGGAGAGAAGAAGCUGUCCGAUCUGAGAAAAUACCACGACAAGCUUGUACACCGGCUAAGAGAGAGGGAGAGCCACCCAUUAGCUACGACACCUGUGCCCACAUAUGAAGAGCUGAAGAAGAUGCUAACUCCAGCUCCCCCCGAUUUAACAGAUUUGUCACUAUACGACCCCUAUCCUCCUACACGAUAUCUCGAGUACUGCGAGGCUCACCCUCCUCCGCAGGUAUCAGACCAGGACGUUAAACAGGACGUUGAGAUACAGUUAGAGCAGUGGCGCGCCUCGCUGGAACCUUUUGACAGGGCCAUUCUACGCGGCGAGGUUACGCCUGAGGGAGAGAUGGAGCGCGGUGAGGUUACGCCAAACAGAGAGAAUUGUAAGGAGAAUUGCGAGGUUAAACCUCAAAUCGCAGACUCUACUAAUUCUAAAUAAUAUGCUUUCGUUAUCUCAACAGUUGACAAACGUAUUUAUUCUUUAAUAUACACUCAGUUUGUUUUAUAAAGACGGUUAAUUUUGGCGAAGGCUUCACCGUCUUUAAUUCAUCGCAACCCGUUUUUAAAUUUGCUGGUAGGAGUAAGGUCAGUGUGUGAAAUGUGCUUUAUUACAUCUGAUCUAUUUUUAGACCUGUUGAGGCGUCUUUAAUUUUUUAAUUUUGAAGUCUUUAAAAAACAAACUGAGUGUAGUCCUCACAUUUCAUUUCCCGUUUAUAUUUGAUUUUCCUGUUUACAUUUCCCGUUGUACAGUUCUCAUGAUAAUUUAUUAGAAGUUAGCAAGAAGCCAAUGAGUCAUGAGUGCCGAAACGUCGAUUAUUUCUAUUUAGUUUUCACCAGUUAUUAUUUGCCUUAUUUUACUUUGUAUGUCGGGAGCCGUUUAGCUCCCUACUAAA